CUAGUUUUCUGUUUAUGUGAGCACUUCCGCCUUCACGUCACAUGACGCUGUGCUCGCUCCCGGGAGUCUCGCGGUGACAGCUUAGCUCAUCCGUAGAAAAGAAAGGAUUUGCAAAUGGAGGUGGCAGAAAUGAUCAUUAUUUGAACGACAAAAGGUACAUCUAGCCAUGUCCGAGUCUCUGUAUGAGAAGUUUUUGGCCCCGGAGGAGCCUUUCCCUCUCCUCUCCCAAAGAGCAAACCUCAGUGAUGUGGGAACUCUGGAUGUCAGUGACUUUGGCUGUCAACUCUCAUCCUGUCACAGAACAGAUCCUCUGCACCGCUUCCACAGUAACAGGUGGAACCUCACUUCCUGUGGGACCAGCGUUGCCAGCUCAGAGUGCAGCGAAGAGCUCUUUUCCUCUGUGUCUGUGGGGGAUCAGGACGACUGUUACUCCCUUUUGGAUGACCAAGAACUAACGUCUCUGGACUUGUUUCCAGAGGGCAGUGUUUGCAGUGAUGUCUCCUCCUCUAUCAGCACCUAUUGGGAUUGGUCCGACAGCGAGUUCGAGUGGCAGUUGCCAGGAAGUGACAUUGCCAGCGGCAGCGACGUCCUUUCUGACAUCAUCCCGAGCGUGCCCAGUUCACCCUGUCUGUUUUCCAAGAGGAAGCCUAAACCCCACCUUCACCGCAACCUGGAUGAGUUACCAUGGAGUGCCAUGACCAACAAUGAACAAGUGGAGUACAUCGAGUACCUGAGUCGGAAGGUCAGCACAGAGAUGGGCCUGAGAGAGCAGCUGGACAUCAUCAAGAUCAUCGACCCCUGCGCUCAAAUCUCUCCCACCGACAGCGAGUUCAUCAUCGAGCUCAACUGCCUCACAGACGAGAAGCUCAAGCAGGUGCGUAACUACAUCAGAGAGCACAGCCCGAGGCAGCGGGCCAGCAGCAUUAGAGAGGGCUGGAAGAGGAGCAGCCACAGCAGCGCCAGCACCGGCGGUGUCAGUGCAGCCAGCAGCAGCAAUGGUAGCAUGGUCAGCUCCGCCAGCUCCUCCACCGGCUCCACAGCCUCCAACUCUGUAGCAGGUGGCACAGCAUCAGCCUGUAGUGGAAGCAGCGUUGCCAACAUUAGCAGAGCUCACAGCGAUGGCAACCUUUCCAGUGCUGCAGAACGUAUACGAGACUCUAAAAAACGCUCUAAGCAGCGCAAGCUUCAGCAGAAAGCCCUCCGGAAACGGCAGCUGAAAGAGCAGCGACAGGCCCGUAAGGAGCAUCUGAGCGGACUCUUUCUGAACGAGGAAGUGCUGGCGCUGCGAGUGACGGAGGAGGACGACCACGGGGACGACCUGGACAUACUGAUGUGACACCAGUGAAUCAAUCAGUGCUCCCUCUACGCCUGUUCCCGCUCCACCACCCAGCAGCUGCCAUAGAGCUCAUAGACCACGCUGCUCCAGAUCACUGCAUGCAUCUGCUUUGAGUAGGCUUACAUAAUGCAUUUUGUAAUGUGUGAUCGGCACUAAUGGCUCGUCUUAGCCUCUUACAUAGCUUGAUACCACUAGUGCUAAAACUGAUAGCUGCUAUAGCAAUAAUGCUAAAACACUGCUAAUGCUUUGAUUAGAUACCGACCUCAGUCCAGCCUGCUUACAGCCACUUCAAUGCUGCAACAACCUAGAAGCUCGCAGAUGCUCACAAAUAUACACUAAGGUCAGUUAUUUCAGCUCUACACAUUUACCAAGAGGAUUGCUUAUAGAUGCUGUCACAGCGUGUUUCCACUGCUACUAAUACAGCCACCAUUGGCAGAAGGACAGAUCAGGCAAGAGAAGCAGCUGUUUGGCCACAUUGUGCAGAGGCUGCUCCGUGAAAACCCGGUGUUUAUUUCUUGAUAGCAUAACUAUAUACAUGGUGCCAGUAUUUUUAACUAAGUUGGUAGUAAUUUACAUUCGUUCUGCCUACAUUUACAUCCAUACUCUGCAGGGCUUUAUCUGCACUGGUAGAGUUGGGUGGAUUCUUCGGUGAACAAGCUAAAACCUUUUUGAUUUUAUGCAAACUGGCUGAACCGCAGUUAGCAUCACGACACGUCAUGUGCAACACCUAGUGGUAACAUUCGACAUACCGGCUUCAUGGCUUCACGUCAAACCGGUUUGCUAAUUCUUUACACUGGCCCAACACUACGCACUGGCCAAUCUGUUGAUCUGCAGCUCUGGUUUAAACUGCUGCAGGUGAUGUUACAGCAUGAGUAUACAACUAAAGGCCUACAGUCAGAGUGAGUUGACUGCAAAGUAUCCGAAGCAGUUUUACUGUCGAUAUGAAAACACAAAAUCUUGAGUUUAAAACCUUAUUGAUGAGCAUUAAUCUGAAAUCCUCCUUUAAAACUAACAAAUAACAUCUGAGAGGAAGAGGUUCUCGAAGGAGCUGGUCUGUCUUUCUACCUGCUGGGUUUUCACUAAAGGCUUAGAGGGAGCACUGAAUCUGCAUGUUUAAAAUUGUCACCCACACGAGUCCCCGUGUGGUCCAACAACUAACAAACUUGCUUCAUUAUUUGCAUACGAUCUGUUUAAAAAUAGCUUAUGUGUUGUAAAUAAAUGAUGAAUAACAGCAUAUUUACCGCUUGCUUUCAGGUUUUCCUUGGUGAUAAAGGUUUGAGUUAAAGUUAGUUUUUUUUCCCUCGAUGUGUAUAUAUACAGUAUAUUAUGACAAGGUAGUGAACUAAUUGGUAUCGUAGCUUAAAUGCUACACUGGUUCUUUGCUAUGUUUUGAGUCUUAUUUUGAAGCGUUGAGUCAUUUUAUCACAAGUACUUGAGUUUGGUCAUCGUCUCAGACAUCUUUAGAAAGUCCUCUGUUUCUCUGCCAGCACUCUUACUGUAUGUUUCGCCUGAGACGGACCUAAAUAAUCACAGAUUCUCCAUCAUUUACUUAUGAUUUGACCACCAUGAUAAAUCUGAAGCAUUAGAGCGUCGGUAAAAUCUUAUGAGAGGUUAUUACAGAUCAUAUUGUGUCUGUCCACGUACUGUAUGGCUGGUUUGGUUUUGUCGCUGAACUUGAGCUGGUUUCUUAAGCAUGUGCAUCUAACAUUGAGCCAUUAACUUUCAGAAUUGUGUUCAUUUUGCUCUGUUAAAAUAUUGAGAAUCUACAUGUUGUUGAAGCACUAACACCUCAGCGUUUAUUUGCGCUACCAUGCCGUUUUCAUAUUUGCUAAGAGUAGCAACCAGAGAUAUUGUUUCUUUUGUGUGUUUUUAUUUUUGUGUGUAUUAAAAAAAAAAAACCUUUCCUGGAGCUUCUCGGCUGUAACGUGAUGAACCUGCAGUUAUCGGCCUAAGAGCCUCCUGUCAUUUCUAAUACUUUGUGUACUGAGCCUUGGCUCUCGUCUCUGUCUCAUGUAUAAAGUUAUUAUUACAGCAAUUAUGUUAAAUGCCGCUUUAUGUAUUCUGUAGUUUUGAAUUAGUAAAAUUCUAUUUUGAAAAAUAAGAUAAUUUUGAAAAAAAAAUAAAAAUAAGCCAGUGUGAUGCAACAAAGUUAUUUGUGUAUAUAAGGUACCAUGUAAUUGUUGAUGAUGAAUGGCAUUGGACUGAUUAAACAUGGUUAAAAAAGUUUUGAGUGUAAUCCAAACUUUGUUUUCCCUCAGUGUGAUUGUUAUAAUUAUUUUCCAUCUGUUAAGUUAGGAAGACAUAACCCAUCAACUACAAUAAUAACAGUGUUUCUACAUGUCUUCGUUCCUCACAAAUCACUAUGGAGCAGUGUUGCCUGCAGUUGUGUGAUCACUGGCUGAAGCUCAUUGGAUAGCAGAGAUGCCGUGUUUGAGCUUCAGGCAGGACUGUGUCGGCCACUCAAUAGUUCUGAUUGACUGUAAACUUGACAAAUAAACUUACACUGUUGCAUCCUA